GCAGUACCCCUGUGCGCCGCCAGGAGGCUGCGCAUCCUCUAUCCAUGGUGCUGAAGAUUCGGCUCUGUCCGUGGUGCUCAGGGAUCCAUCCAGCCGGCUGCGAUGCUGUUCCACUGACUUUGCGGGUGGAUCUUGCGGGUUCCUGCGGUGUGUUGCGGUGUCUGUGACGGGGCCGCGCGGCCGCCAGCGCGUUUCGACGGGAUGUGGAAGCGGAGGGGGAGGGGAGCGCACUGAGCUUCUCACAUGGUAUUCUGUCCAUAUCCAGAUGAGUCAAGAGACGACUGAGGUUCGAACAAGAACCCGCUCCAAAGGCAUCAAAGGGUCAACAGAACCAGAAAAACAAGAGAUGAAAUUGGAGCUAAGCACCUGUCCCACCCCAGGAUGUGAUGGCAAAGGGCAUGUCAGUGGCAGAUACUCCAGACACAGAAGUGUUCUGGGCUGUCCAAUUGUAAAGAAACGGAAGCUAGAAGAGGCUGAAGCUGAGGAGAACCAGCCUGCAUCCAAACAGAGAAACCUGCCAACAAAAAGGCCUGAAGAAGAAAGCGACACAGCAGAGGAAGAAGAGCGGAUAGGCAAUGAGGAAGUAGGAGAAGAUGUAAUCAAAGACACAAUUAAAGCAAAAACUGAAGUGACACAAGAGGACAGCUCAAUGGUGAUAGCAGAGGAUGCCAAAACACCACAGUCUCUGCACGAUGAUCUAAGGGAAAUAACCAUUGCUUCCGAAUUCAAAGCUGAGAGUCAUGGGAUCAGUGAGGAGGUAAAACUGGUAAUGACUGAUUAUCUCCAUGACAACAAAGGUGUCAUGGAUGUGGAAGAAUGUGAGGAAUCAGAUCUACCCACAGAGAAAACUGCUGCUGCUGAGCUUCAUGAAACAGAAAUCGAGGAGGAGGAAAGGGAAGAGAAAGAGGAAAUUCAAUGUAACGCAUUAGAUAAGAGAAAGGUAACCAGACCCAUGAUGAGGCAGCAAAACUCUGAUCACCAGUAUUCUACUGGAGAUUACAACUUUCAGGUCAAAGAAUCCCAACAGGAAGAACCAGAGAGGGACGACGACGAGGCAGAAGAACAAGCAGAGGAAGACGAGGAGGGAGGAAGAACCGAGCCGGAAGCAGCUGUUCCAGCCACUCAGGGAACUGAUUCAGAGAUAUUACUCAGGGACCAAACAGUCAUCUCCCUUGUGGCAAGUAAACAGGGUUAUGAUGAAGGGGAUGAGGAAGAUGAUGAGGAGAAGCAGGAGAAGAGUCCAAAUCAGGUGGAAGAUGAAGAUGAAGAGGGAGACCAUGACUCAGGCAACGCUUCUCCUGGUACAUUGGUAGUAGAAGUUCCAUCUGAGGAUGAGGAAGAGGAAGAAGAAGAUGAUGAAGAUGAGGAGGAAGAUGAAGAAGAGGAGGAAGAGGAAGAAGAGGAGCAUGAACACGCCUCGGUGGGCUCAGGAAUUACAGAUGACUCUGAGAACUGGGACAUGACCCGGGGCAACCUUGGGCUGUUGGAGCAGGCCAUUGCCCUGAAGGCGGAGGAGGUGCAGGGAGGUUCAGAGAGCUUCAGCUCCUCAGACUACCAACCACACGGCAGCUCCAUUAAGGCCUCAGAAAGCGCUGCAGCCGCCCGCCGCAGCAGCUACUUCAACAAAGAAAAAAAAGAAGUGAAGUGUCCCACACCGGGUUGUGAUGGAACAGGCCAUGUGACUGGUUUAUAUCCCCAUCACCGCAGUCUGUCCGGAUGUCCUCACAAAGACCGCAUCCCUCCAGAAAUCCUGGCCAUGCAUGAGAAUGUCUUGAAGUGUCCCACUCCUGGCUGCUCAGGCCAAGGCCACGUGAACAGUAACCGCAAUACGCAUCGCAGUUUGUCUGGCUGCCCGAUUGCAGCAUCUUCUAAACUGAUCAAGCAGCAGGACAAACCAGUUCAUUUACAGGCUGCAGCAUCAGAGCCAUCCUCUAACUCUGACAGAGUUCUCAGGCCAAUGUGUUUUGUGAAACAGCUGGAAAUCCCUCAGUAUGGAAACUAUCGACCAAACACAGCAACAACAACACCUCGCGCCAACCUGGCCAAGGAGCUAGAGAAGUACUCCAAGGUGUCCUUUGACUAUGCAAGCUUUGAUGUCCAAGUAUUUGGGAAGCGUAUGAUUAUUCCGAAAACAGUUGGUAUCACUGACACCUCAGCCAAAGCCUCAAAGGCUUCACUUCCCAAGGCUUCCUCACCGACUCAUGCUGUCUCAGAGAGUUUUCCUAAGACCGCCCUGUCCUCCAGUGGUUAUGACUACAGCCAAGAGGCAGAGGCAGCCCACAUGGCAGCAACUGCUAUCCUCAACUUAUCAACACGCUGUUGGGAGAGGCCAGAGACGCUCAGCACCAAACCCCAGAAUCCCUACGCCAAGGAGUCAGACAUUGAGGUAGACGAGAAUGGCACCUUAGACCUCAGCAUGAAGAAGGCUAAGACAGAUGACACACCGUCUCCGGAACCUUCAUCAUCCUCAUACACUUCCUCUCAACCAGUGGGAGUGACAUCUCAGGAACAUACUCAUGAUGACUGGGAGGGGCCUCUAGAUUUCACAAAAUCAACUGAAGUCAAGGAAGAAGAUGAAGAAGAGAUGGACUACACUGCUCUUUCGUAUUCCUCAUCUGAAGGUGAGGAAGAUGAUCAGGAGAGCCUGGGGGACAGGAAGUACCCUGGUGAAGUUACAACCACUAACUUCAAAGUUAAGUUUCAGCCCAAAGACAGCAAAAAAGACAUUAUUGUGUGCCCAACCCCGGGCUGUGAUGGUAGUGGACACAUUACUGGCAACUAUGCAUCACAUCGAAGUCUGUCAGGCUGUCCUCUUGCUGAUAAAUCUCUGCGGACCCUCAUGGCUGCCCAUUCCGCUGAACUAAAAUGUCCAACUCCAGGUUGUGAUGGAUCAGGCCACAUUACUGGGAACUACGCCUCACACAGAAGUCUUUCUGGAUGUCCAAGAGCAAAGAAAGGUGGAGUGAAAACAACACCAACCAAGGAUGACAAAGAUGACUCAGAGCUACUGAAGUGUCCUGUUCCUGGCUGUGAUAGUCUGGGCCACAUCAGUGGGAAGUAUGCUACCCACCGCAGUGCCUACGGCUGUCCACUGGCAGCUCGUCGGCAAAAGGAAGGACUCCUUAAUGGCACUCCUUUUUCUUGGAAGGCCUUCAAGACGGAGGGCCCAACUUGCCCAACACCAGGUUGUGACGGCUCUGGCCAUGCUAAUGGCAGUUUCCUGACACACCGCAGUCUGUCAGGAUGUCCCAGGGCAUCGGCCAAUAAAAAGAAGACAAAACUCCCUGGAGAUGAGUAUAUUACUGCAAAAUUCAGAGCAAGUGAUGUUCUGGACAACGAUGAAGACAUCAAGCAGCUCAACAAGGAGAUCAGUGAGUUAAACGAGUCCAACUCAGAAAUGGAGGCUGACAUGCUGCAUCUGCACACUCAGAUAUCUUCAAUGGAGAAGAACCUAAAGAGUCUUGAGGAAGAGAACGAACAGAUGGAGGAGAAAAAUGAGGCCUUGUUCCUGGAACUAUCUGGCCUUAGUCAGGCUUUGAUCCACAGCUUGGCUAAUAUUCACCUGCCCACCAUGCAGGAGCCAAUGACAGAGCAGAACUUUGACAGCUACGUGGACACGCUGACCCAGAUGUUCACCAACAAAGACUGCUACCAGAACCCUGAAAACCGGGCGCUGCUGGAGUCCAUCAACCAGGCAGUAAAGGGCAUUGAAGUGUGAUGACGGACUAACAAGUCCUGGGACCACCUCUAGAUGACAGCCCUUUGUUUUUUGAUCCAAACCUUUUAGAUGCUACAAUGAAUUCCUCGAUGCUGGAGCUUUGUCCUGUUAUUUGGAUUCUUUUUUUCUGUUUGCAUGUUACUUUUGUCAUUUUUAAAAGUGGAGUGUGUGCAGACUCACUGUGAGGAGUAAAUACUGACAAAAGCAUGGAGUGCAGUUCUGAGCCUGGACUAAAUAGAUUCUUAGUAAAGGAGCAUAUCCCAUUUUCACCCAUAAAUGUCAUUAGUGCACAUGAGCAUCUUGUUGUUGCACCUUCAUUAGCUUGUAGGUUCUUAUAAUUGAUGUGUAAUAUUUUCAGUAAAGUGCAAUUGUUACUUUAAUAACUAACUUAUUUAUGUCUGUCUUAUUAUAUUAUGUGAACUAUUUAUUAUUGGUUAUUUUCUUGUUUAAGUAUUACUGAAUAAUUCUACUUCAGAUUUUGGAUAAUCAACAAAAAAUAAUUUCCUCUGCACUGUUGAGCAAGACUAAAUAUUUUAGGAUAUCAGCUAAAAAUUAUUUUAUAUAUUUAUUGUUUAUUUAAAGUACUGGAAUCUUUUUAUGCGCAAAUGUUUUGUAACACAAAUUUUUAAAUAAUUUUGUAAAGAUUUUUUGUGACAUUUGUUUUACAGGAUUUUGCUUCCCUUCCCCCUUAAGUACAAUUUUACACCAUGCGAAAAACUUUCUGCAUGUACAUGGUACUUAUUUGGCUUAGAUAUUACUUUUGCAUUGUUUCUGUAUUACAAUGGUUGUGAACACAUUAGACUUAAAAUAAAGGUUAACCCACAAGAA